AUGAAGACUCAGCCAAGGAGGAGGACUAGAGGACUCGAGGCAGACAUGGCUGCGGUGGGAGAGCUGCUGCUGCUGCUGGGUUUACUGGUGAGCGCUCACUGUGCAGUGAGAGCACGAGACCCCGAGGUGGAGGAGGACCAGGAGGAGCUGAGAGGAGGAGGAGGAGGAGGAGGAGGAGGAGAACCAGGAGGGCUUCAGGCCACAGACUCCCCCCCGCUGGCAGAGCGAGGCAGCCACCCCGCUCGGACCGGGAACUGGUGUGCCUUCGUGCAGAGCCGUGUGGUCACCAUGGCGAUGGUGUGCGGGACGGAGAAGUACACCAUCAAGUCUCAGAGUCCGUGUCCGAGUGGGACGCCCGACUGUCAGCUGAUCAUGUACAAGCUGUCCACGCGGCCGGUCUACAGGCAGAAGCAGCAGCUGGUGACUGCUCUGCUGUGGCGCUGCUGUCCGGGACACGGAGGACAGAACUGUGAGGACUCAGUCUUGGAUGCGCAGCAGGAUUCUGGGAGCUCGACUGUGAUUGGCCGAUCUUCUGAAGCAGUGAGAGCAGAGCUGCAGGCUGCAGCUUUGCAGCAGCGCAGCGACCCGAACCGCGAACAGAACGACCAGAACAUCAGCCCACAGCCCGACCAGGACCGGGACCAGGACCAAGACCGGGACCAGGACCAAGACCGGGACCAGGACCAGGACCAGGACCAGGACCAGGACCGAGACACGGAGCUGGAUCAGGACGAGUACCGGGACUGGGAACAGGAAAGAAAGAUGAAUAUUUAUGACGCCCCCGCGCCCCUCCCCGCCCCCCACAUGAUGGCCCUGGUCCUGUCCCAGCUGCAGCCGGUCCUGGAGGGCUUCAACCGCUCCCUGGAGCUGCUGAGCCGGCAGGUGGGGGACCUGGCCCUCGACGUGGCCCAGCUGAAGAGCAGCCGGCCGGGGGCCGAGCUGCAGGCGGGGCCCGCCCACCGCCCGGAGCCCGACGAGGGGGCGGAGCAACGCCUCGACGCCAAACUGGACCAGGUGACUCAGCACAUCAGGGAGGUCCGGGAGCAGCUGGAGAGGCAGCGGACAGACGUGGACGCCAGGCUGCACUCCCAGCAUGCAAUGCUGCACUACAACCUGACCAGCUUCAAGACGGACGUGGACAUGAAGCUGAAGCGCCACCACAAGAUGCUGCAGAUCAGCCUACAGGCCAUGAACACCACGCUGGCUGAGCUGAAGCUGGACCAGGACCAGUACCAGGACCAGGACCAGGAUCAGGACCAGGACCAGGACCAGGACCCUCCUCCCUUCCUGACUCCGUCUCUGCUCCCGCCCUCAGACACCUCUGCGCUCUGGUUGGCUGUGGAGCGGCUCGACAACAUGGUGGUCAACAACACGGUGAAGGUGGACGGGCUGCUGGAGGACGUGGACGUGACCUCGGGGGACGUGCAGCAGCUGAGGCGAGACUUCAACGGGCUGGAGCGGCAGAUCAACAGGACGGCCCGGACCGGUCAGAUGCAGUUCAUGGAGACGGUGCUGGAGGUGGAGGCGUCGCGGGUGGCGGUGCUGCAGCGGGUCGGCGAGCUGUUUGGGAACAUCAGCCAGCACGAAUUACGGCUGUCAGAGACGGAAGUGGACGUGGAUUACCUCUUCGAACAAUUCCACAAACCCAACUCCACCGGGGACUGCGACUGCAAGGGGCUGACGGCCGCCAUGGCCCGACUGGAGAGGGGCGUGGCCAACGUGACGGAGCUGGCCAAUGAGAACAAACUAGCCCUGGACGUGGGCAGCGAGGGGCCGUGGGGCGGCGCCGAGGACUGGGAACUGUCGGUGGAGGCGGUCCAACGUGGACUCCAGCAGGUGAAGGAGUCCCAGGCCUCGGAGCAGACCAGGACCAGGACUCUGGAGCAGCGUGUGAGCCAGCUGGGCGGCUGGGUGGAGGCGGUGCAGGCGGAGCUGUCCGUCCUGAAGGACUCGGACAGGAAGCUGCAGGACAAGAUGACCCACCUGUCCGACUCCUUCCAGUCCCUGCUGGGGGACAUCGUCCGCCACAGCGACGUGCUGGAGCGCCUGCUGGGCGAGGAGGUGCUGGACUUCCUGGAGCGGAGCGUCAAGAUCCAGACGGGCCACUCCAUCCCGGUCCUGAAGGAGCAGCUGAGGGGACUCGAGCAGAACCUCAAGUCGCUGCUCGCCAAACAGACGGGCCGAGAGGAGGUGCCCUCUGCUGACCAGCCCUUCUCCUCCUCCUCCUCCUCCUCCUCCUCCUCCCACCUCCUCUCUGACAGCUGGCUCCCCGGCAGCAUGAGGAGGAGCAGCGGUGGCGUUCCGGCCCGGGAGCGCCAGCUGCUCCUGCACCCCGAGGGGAGGCGCCCGCAGCACGUAGGAGACGGCGGCGACCUGUGGAACCUGGAGAGGAGCGUGGAGAAGCUGGCGCUGAAGGUGCUCCGCCUCGAGGAGAAACACCGCAACGGUUCUGCGGAGAGGGAGGCGGAGAGGGAGGCGCCUCCUGGUGGCGUGGAGGCCAAACUGCAGGCGGAGGUGCUGUGGCUGAAGAGGGGCCUGGAGGAGCACCUCAGGGUGUUCAAGAACGUGUUCAGUAACGCCGACGUGCUGGCGGGGUCCGACGCCACGCUGGAGCUGGACAAACUGUGGCUGCUGGUGAAGAACAAGGAAGGGAAGAAAGAGAAGAAGAGAGGAGGAGGAGGAGGAAACCAUCGGAGCAGGAGGGAGUCCCCCGGUGGCGCCCUGAUCCCGUCCGGCCUAUCAGGAGCCUCCGUGCUGCUGUUGGCUGCGUCUCCUUUGAGCGUCUCGAACAGCGUCAUCGCGCUGAAAGCGUCACUGAGCCGCGGUCCGUUUUACUCCGACUCCGGCACCUUCACCGCUCCGCUCAACGGCAUCUACCUGUUCGUCCUCACCUUGGACCUGAGGCCGGGCCCCGCCCACGUGGUCCUGAGGAGGGGGUCGGGCGGAGCUCCGGUGACGCUGCACCGACAGGAGGAGCCGGAGGCGGGGCCGGCCACCGGCGUGGGCCUCCUGCCGCUGAGGGAGGGGGAGGAGGUGAGGCUGGAACUGGAGGGAGGCGUGUGGACGGAGUCAGAGGACAGUGUGUUCACCGUGCUGCUGCUCCACCGGACCACCUGAGGGCGCUGUGGAGCGCUCAGCUGGAGGAAAGACAUAUUGGAACAUAUUCCAGCUGGUGGACUUUUUAUUCCACCAGUCAGUGCUGAUAAAUCUCUGGACCGUACGCUCAAAUUUUUAUUUCAAAGCGAGAAAAGGUUUUAAGAUUCGGCUUAGCUCAGCACAAAGACUCACAGAGCCGGAGGAGCUCCUUCACCCUCAGUUCAAAACAUCAAAACAUCAGCCAACACCUCACAGGUCACUAUUAAACAAGUUUACUCUCAUGUGUUUAACAUGAACAGAAACAGAAAUGUUUGACAUAUAGUUUGUGGGUUUAGUAAUAGUUUUUGUAGAAGAAAAGAGAUGCAAACUAACAACAAAGACAAUCCAAACAACCACAACGAGAUUAAAAACGAGACUCAAAGAGUCACAAUGAGACUCAAAACUAGGAAAACAAGGCUGAAAAUGACUCCAGAGACUCACAUUAAACACACGAGACUAAACGUUCAUCCGUGAGAUUUAGAGAUGCUGAAUUCCCUCUGCUGUCAGACUUUAUGCUAAGCUAGGCUAACCCUCUUGCUCCAUAAACCCAAAACAAUGACAUCACUUCCUGUGUGUAGGACAGACUGGCGAGAACAUUAUAAAUGAAAAGUUUUGGACCGAUCUGUCUGUAUAGUCAUCAUGUCUUCUGUGUCUUUUAAGGGAUUUUUUUUUACUGAACAUAAAGAAAAUAUUUGUGUGUAAAGUCACUUGUGUGUAUGUUGUUUGUAAAGUACCGAUAUAAUGAUGAAAAAACACAAGGAGCAGUUUAUAUAUUUAAAU